AUGCAAAGAUAUAUAGUAGCUAGUCAAAUAAAUGUUGCACCUAGUGCAGAUCAGGUUGCUAGAAGAGAAGAGGCAUUUGAAUUGGUAAUAUCAUAUCUUGUGGGCCCUGCAUUGAAUUGUGCUGAAAAUGGUGAUAAUCAGAUUGGUGGUUUGAAUACUGUAAGAGAAUUUUAUAACAAAGCUGGAGCAGAAAUUGGUAGAAUUGGAGCAGGUGUUGCAACUGCUGAUGGUGAACCUACAGAUAAUGCACCAGUCACACCAAAUGCUGGCAGAGGUUUUUCUGCUAUUACAAUUGCUUCUGGUAUUAAGCUUAAACAACUUCUUUAUCUAUUUAGUACUUUUUAUAUGAUGGUUAAACACUUAAAACAAAUGGCAGUUUUUGGUCAACUCAUGCAAGAAGAUAUGGGUGUUGAAGAGUUCUUCACUCGAAUCAAAAAGGUUGGUAAAUUGGCCAGAAUGAUACCCGAACAACAAAAAGAGCAAUUAAUUCAUGGCUUAAAUCCUAUGAACCAAUAUAAUAUUCAAAUGAUGGUUAAAUUUAAGGAUACUCUGGAAAAUAUCACAAGAGCCUUAGCUGAAGCAGAAAAAUUUACACUUUCUCAAAGAAAUGCACCAUCUUCUCUUUCUGCUUUUUCAGCAGCCAAUCCCUACAUAGAUACUAACAAUUCAGGAAUAACUAAAACUGAAAUCGUGGAUUUGAUAAAAACUGCAAUGACAUUCUCAGAGUCUCAAACAGCUCAACAAAAUGCUGAUUUGCAUAAAAAAUCAUCUAAGAAGAGAGCAGAAGAUACUGCCAUUAAUCGCUUUUUGAGUGACUUACUAAGAAAAAAUCCAGGUAAACACUUUGCUGAUGAAUAUGAUUAUAAUCCUAUAGAAGAUAUUUCAGAUAGUUUAGCAGGAUUAACAUUAAAUAGUGUCAUAAAAACUGCUGUUAGAUGUGCUGUUAAGAAAUCAUCAGGUCACAAAUGCUCUAUCUGCAGAAGACUUGAACAUAAUUCUCGAAACUGCUCUCAAAAGAAGAAAAAGAGAAGUAAGAAGUCUAAAAAGAGUAAGGUUAAUAUUGCUACCGUAGAUUCGAAUUCAGAUUCAGGUACUUCUUCUAAUACUUCUUCUAGUGAUAGUUCUGACUCUGAUACAAGUUCAGAGGAUUUCUCCGAUUCUGGAGUGAAGCAAGACUCUAGUUUCAAAAAAUCAUCUUUUAAAAAGACAUCUAAAACUUCAUUGGAGGAAACUAUUCGUAAAGUCCUCCAAAGUGAACUUAAAUUAAUUUUUUCUGAUCAUUUCUCCCAAGAUCCUAUUAAAGCUAAUAUACUGAAUCAAGUGCCUCUAAUCCAGGAAAAGAUAGAAUCUCCAAGCAAUACUUCUCUAAUUACCGAGAUUGUAUCGUUAGAUCUAGAUGAGAAAAAAGAUUUGGAUGGUCCGAUAGAGAUUGAUUUUGUUAAGAAGAAGAAGCCAAAAACAAGUGUCACAACUGUAAAGUAUAAAAUUAAGCACUUAAAGAUUCCAGCCAUGACAGUAAACUCUGAGGCUAAACCUCUCAUUAUAACAAAAAAUAUUGUUAUACAUAUAGAAGCUAAAAUUGAUAAAUCUGAAACACAUGAUCUUAGUAGUAUUGCCACUGUUCCAGUUGAAUCUGUUGGAGUUGUUCGCAAAUUACCCAUUAUUCUAGACCUAGGCUGUACUAUCUAUAAAGAUUUUAUUGUUGUAAAAUAUCAAAAGCUGACGUUAAUAUUUUCUAAUUAG